AUGAUGAGAAACCAUACAUCAUUAUCUAUAUUCAUACUCCUAGGACUGACAGAUGACCCUCCAAUGCAGGUUCUGAUUUUUACAUUUCUGGUUGUCUCCUACUUACUGAGUGUCACUGGGAACCUGAUCAUCAUUAUACUCACUUUAGUAGAUUCUCACCUUAAAACUGCCAUGUACUUUUUCCUCAAACACUUCUCCUUUUUAGAAACCUUAUUCACCACUGUCUGCAUUCCCAGAUUCUUAUACAGCUUAUCAACUGGGGACAAGACUAUUUCCUACAAUGCUUGUGUUAGUCAACUAUUUUUUAUCUUCCUUUUUGGAGGAACAGAAUUUUUUCUCCUGGCCAUCAUGUCCUAUGAUCGCUAUGUGGCCAUCUGCAAACCUUUACAUUAUGCAACCAUCAUGAACAGUAGAAUCUGUGUUUGGCUUGUUACCUGUUGUUGGAUAGCAGGUUGGCUGGUCAUAUUUCCACCACUCUGCCUGGGCUUAAACCUGGAAUUCUGUGAUUCUAUUGUCAUUGAUCAUUUUCUCUGUGAUGCUUCUGCUGUGCUGAAGAUCUCUUGUUCAGACACACGGUUCAUAGAACAGAUGGUUGUUACCCUUGCUGUGUUGAUUGACAUAGUGACAUUUCUGUGUGUUGUUAUGUCCUACAUAUACAACGUCAAUGCCAUCCUAAAGUUCCCUUCCUCCCAGCAAAAACAGAAGGCCUUUUCUACCUGCUCUACUCACUUGAUUGUGGUUUCUAUCACCUAUGGCAGUUGUAUUUUCAUCUAUGUCAAACCCUCAGCAAAAGAUGAAAUGGCAAUUAAUAAGUGUGUGUUAGUGCUUACGACUUCAGUUGCCCCCAUGUUAAACCCAUUUAUUUAUAGCCUGAGGAACAAACAAGUGAAACAAGCUUUUGCAGACUUAAUCAAAAGAAUUUCACUGAUCUCAAGAAAGUAA